AGGCAAUUGGGCAUUGUUUUUUAUAGAAGCAGCAAGAUGAGCACCUAUCUACAGAGCAGCGAGGGCAAGUUCAUCCCGGCCACCAAGCGGCCGGAUGGCACCUGGCGCAAGGCGCGUCGCGUCAAGGAUGGCUACGUGCCACAGGAGGAGGUGCCGCUGUACGAGAGCAAGGGCAAGCAGUUCGUGGCCCAGCGGAGUCAGGCCGGAGUGCCGCCUGGCAUGUGUCCCCUGGUGGCCGCCGAAUCCAAGAAGGAGCGCGAGAAGCAGGAGCGGACCAAGGCCAAGAAGCAGGACAAGGAUGCGGCCAGGCAGCCAAAAGCGCCGACGCCCGGCGUCCUAGUUGUGUCGCCGCCCAGCACGUGUCCGCCGCCAAAAGUCAAUCAGCAGCCCUCUGGCAGCCGGGAGAUCAACUCGUUGUCCAGGGCCUUGGAGGACACCCUUAAACUGGACGGAUCUCAGGAGGUGGAUCCCGCCAAGCAAUUGAAAAAGCUGCGCAAAAAAGUCCGCGAAAUCGAACAGAUCGAAAGUAGGAUACAGGCCGGCGAGCAGAAGAAGCUUGACAAGGAUCAGCUGGACAAGGUGAAAAAGAAGUCGGAGAUCCUGCGGCAAAUCAAGGCCUUGGAGAGCGAGCCGCGCUCGUAGCCCUAAGUGCCAGUUAACUCAGAUACUGCUAUAUCCUCACCCUGUGAACAAAUCACCGACCAGAUGUCGCGCCGCCUCACACGAAAACACAUACAUGCCUAUGUCUGUUAAAUAGUUAUAUUAGUUUUAGCCGAAGAUGUCAAAGCCAUUUAGUAAUAUCGAUCUAUUUUAUUAAUGUGUGUCUGUCUUAAAACCUAGUUUAUACGAAUGAAGGAGUGCCGCGUUUAUUUAUGUAUAGGUAACUUUGUAAAUCAGAUUUAAUAAAUUAAACCCAUUUAAAGCAAA